AUGCCGGCGCUGACAAGCGACGCCGACGAUGGAACAACGGCUGCCGCGACUACAACUGCAGGUGGGACGACGGACGAAACGUCGAUGCCCGCUGCGACAACAUCUGAUGGAAAAACAAUGCCGACACUGCCUUCAUCCUCAGGCUCGACCACUUACAGCUAUCCUGCGCCUUCUGUUCCGCCGACACAGAAUGCCCCUUUCAUGCAGACGUCCAAUCUGCCCGAGGGUACCGUCUUCAUUGCCGUCGGCGCCAUACUGGGUGCGUUUGGGCUGGGAGUUUUGAUAUGGCGUGCUGUCGUAGCAUGUCUACUACACCGAUCUGUCAAGAGGGCUGCGUUAGCUCAAGGCAUAGCCAACGACAAGCCCUUGUUUCCUGGAAAUGCGUCUGCGCCUUUUUACAAAUACUCGGACCGCGCGUCGUCGGCAUCGCUUGGUGGUGCUAUCGACCCUGCCAUCGGUCGUGGUGUGCGGAGGACAUCGCGCGUGCCGGUCCCUUCAUCAACGCCUAGUCAAUCCAACCUGUUCUUCUCCCCAACCGCUCGAAGUGGGAUGGACACAGCAGGCAAUCGUUCUUCGACAUUCCUUCCUUCGGGCUUCUAUGCCGCUGGUCAAGGAGCUCCGCAACAAGGCCAUGGUCAUUCCAUCAGCUUGACCAACCUGCGGCCCGAUUCACGCGGUCAGCCCAAGUCGGAUGGUCACAGCCCUCCUGAUUCACCUGGUCUCCCACCACGUCAUGAACUGUCACGUCGCAACUUGAGCGCCAGCACCAUCAAUCUCAACCAGCCCGCCAGUGGUCGGGCACCAAGUACUUACUUGGAAGACUUGCUGGGCGAUCAGGUUCCUGGUCAAUUCCCACCGCCAGGUCACAACCAAAACUGGCGUCAAUCGCGAGACCGGUUCUAG